AAUAGCACCAAACCUCCGCAGUAGCAUGACUAGGGUCCCUACACAAAACGAAGCAUAAACAACUUAGUUUACAAAGCCGGAGUUUAUUUAAAAAGACAAUUUAACAAGCAUUACCGGUAGGUCCGUGUUUCCAGGAAGUCCACACAAGUCGAUUACCGAAUGCGCCGGAGUUCAGUUCAGGGAGGAAAGUUUUGGAAUUUGUAAUUUAUAUAAUUUAUAUUUAUAAAUAAUAUAUAGCAAGUGUUGACACGUAAAUUAAAGGAUUUGCACAUGUAAGUUACAGUUAAAGAAAUAAUUGCUCGCUACAAUCAAGCAUGGCACGUUGUUGACGGAAGUGACUACAGGGAAGCGUUGGCGGCAUGGACAUAUAAAGGUUGGGGGCCAAGCAUAGUAGACCUCACAUUCAACAGAUAGGACCCGAGAUGGCUGAGUCUAACACGGAUUUCAAUCAAACCAACAUUUUAUUUGAUUUCGAUGGGAGCCCAUACCUAUAUGAGCCAGAAUACACGGAGGAAGAGCUGCAGGAACAGGAUGAAAGGAGUCGGAGAAUGGGAGAACAGCCAGCGGAGGAGGUCGAAGAAGACCACUCUCGGCGUGCGGGGAUUUUUUGGUGUGCCUGUGGGUACUGUGAGCCCAUGGGCACCGAAGCAGAAUGUUUUUGCUGUCAGGAGUGUGACCUUUUUCGCCGUGCCCUGGACGCAAUGCAUAUAGAAACACGCUGUGUGACUGCUAUGGAGGAUUUCCCAUCCCUCGUCAACCGCGCCGUACUUGAAACUUUUUUCCGUGUCCCGAAAAUAAAUUGGAAGAGGCGACCGAUUCCGGAGGGACCUGACGGACAGUUAUCGAACAAUCAAUGCAGACUAGUUGCCUAUCGCGUAGUCUUGGAGUGGGCCCUUAGGGGAGAGCGACUUGGCCGCAGGGAAAGGAGAGUGCUGCCCAGCUGUGUGUUGAAAGCCAUUAGGAAGAAGUACCCCUCCCUCAGUGGAGAGUACCAAGGUUUCAAGGAGGCAGAAGACAUUCACAGAAUAUUCUGAGCAUUUUGAUAAUGACAAUUAUGUGUGUUUGAUGUGUAUAAUGGACAUUUUUAUCACAGUCUAAUGCAGAUAUUUGUAUAAUACCUAUCAAUAAAAGCAAUUUGUAUUUCAAGAACUUGUUUAUUGUGUAAAUAAGGAAUAUAAAUCACAAUCUCAGAGGUGCUGGAAAGGUGAAUUAGCGAUUAGACUUCAUCACCGCACACUCAAAUCUGUACGUAAAACAUGUAAAU